GCGCCUCCCCCCUCGUCCCCUCACCUGGGCCCUCGUCGGCUCCUCCCCCCGGUGUCGCUUACCUGGGUCCAGGAUCAAGUUCCUGCUGUCCGCCGCUGUGCUGGGGUUUGUGUUACAGCCCAGAGCUCGGCUGUCAGCGGGAGGGGGCGGGGGCGGGGGCAGUUGGAGGAAGGGGGGGAAGGAAGCAGCCCGGAUCCGGCCGGCGCCGUCGGACGCUUGGGGCCCCCUGUGCGGCUGGGCAAGCCCAUGGAGAGCGGAGGGGCCCGGGAGGCACAGGGGGCCCAGCCCUCUGCCCCCCGGCCGCCCCCUCCCUCGCCCGCUGAGCAGGCGGCCCCGGCCCCCAGCGCCCCUCGCAUCCGGCCUCGACUGGUGUUCCACACCCAGCUGGCGCACGGCAGCCCCACGGGCAAGAUCGAGGGUUUCACCAAUGUCCGGGAGCUGUACGCUAAGAUCGCCGAAGCCUUCGGCAUCUCCCCCACCGAGAUCCUGUUUUGCACUCUCAACAGCCACAAGGUGGACAUGCAGAAGCUGCUGGGAGGCCAGAUUGGUCUGGAGGACUUUAUCUUUGCUCAUGUACGUGGUGAGACCAAGGAGGUGGAGGUCACGAAGACGGAGGAUGCAUUGGGCCUCACCAUCACAGACAAUGGGGCAGGCUAUGCCUUCAUCAAGAGGAUCAAGGAAGGAAGCAUCAUUAACCGGAUCGAGGCAGUAUGUGUGGGCGACAGCAUAGAGGCCAUCAAUGACCAAACCAUCGUGGGUUGCCGACACUAUGAGGUGGCCAAGAUGCUCCGGGAGUUGCCUAAGGCUCAGCCCUUCACCCUGAGGCUGGUGCAGCCCAAAAGGGCCUUUGAUAUGAUAGGCCAGAGGACCAGGAGCAGCAAGUGCCCUGGGGAGGGGAAGGUGACCAGUGGGAGGGAGACUCUUCGCCUCCGAGCCAGGGGUUCUGCUACAGUGGAGGAGGUGCCCAGUGAGUUUGAGGAGGAGGCUGCCCGAAGGGUGGAUGACCUGUUGGAGAGUUACAUGGGCAUCCGGGACCCAGACCUGGGUAAGGGGCCAGGCCUCAACUCUGGUGGAGACAUCCAAAGAAACUCAGAGCGCUCAGGAGUUUGCUCGAGGCUUGGACUCCGUCUUGGGCGAGUUUGCCUUCCCCGACGAAUUUGUGGUGGAGGUGUGGGCAGCGAUAGGAGAGGCCAAGGAAGCCUGCGGCUAGGCAGGUCCCUGGCCCAGAACCCUGGAACCCAGGUUGGCCCAGAAACCCUGACCCGGCCCCCAGCUGUUCGGCCCAGGCCCAAGACCCCCAGCUCAGCCCCCCAUCCCCAGGCACCAAUCCAGGCUCUGAAAGCUGGUCCCCAGAAGUCAGCUCAGCCUCAGUGCAGCCAUCAGAAGGUAGCCCAGUACUCCGACACCUCUAGACAAGCUCAGUACUCUGGCCAGAGGAAGCCUGCUCAGCCUUCUGGUUCACAGAAGGUGGCCCAGAUUCCUGGCUCCCACCAGAAGUCAUUCCAGUUCUCUGAACCCCACAAACAAGUUCAGUGUUCUGGCUCCCAAAAACCUGCCCAAGGCUCUGGCUCCCCAAAGAUAGUCCGAGUAACCUAUUCCCAAAGGGUCAUACAGCCUUCUGAGGCCCCUAAACAGUCUCAGGGUUUGGGCCCUCAGAAGCCAGCCCAAUCUUCAGACCCCGCAAAGCAGUCUUCAUCCUUUGGCUCCCAGGAACCAGCUCUGCCCUCAGGGUCCUCAAAACAGAGCCAGCUUUCUGUCCCCCCCAAACAGGCUCAGUGCUCUGGUCCUCACAAUGUGGUCCAAUCUUCUGAACCCUCUCCAAAGGCCCAGUGCUCUGGCCCUCAGAAACCAGAUAAAGCUGUCGACUCCCAUAAGUUAACACAGCCAGCUGAACCCCCCAAACAGACUCAGCACUCUGGCCCCCCAAAAUUGGCUCAGAUGACUAGCUUCUCAAAACAAUCUCAAUUAUCCGGCCCCCAGAAGCUAGACCAGGCCUAUGACCCCCCAAAACAGGUUCAGUUCUCUGGAUUACUGAAACCAGCUCAGUCUUCUGAUCCUCCAAAACAGUCUCAAGUCUCUGACCCCCAGAAGUCAGCCCAGUCUUCUAACCCUCCAAAGCAGGCCCUGCACUCUGCUCCUCAGAAGUUGGCUCAGCUAUCUGACCCCCCCAAACAUGUUCAAUUCUCUAGUUUAGUGAAGCCCACUCAAAUUUCUGAUCCCCCAAAACAGGCUCAAUUCUCUGGCCCCCAGAAGCUAACCCAAUCUUCUGAUUUUCCGGAACAGAUUCAACUCUCUUCCCCCCAGAGAUCAGCACAGCCACCUGACUCCCCAAAGCAGACCCAGCCAGCAGCUCUGUCCACUGAUCCACAAUUAUCUGGUCACCAGAAACCAGUCCACUCUUCUGACCCCUCAAAAUAUGCUCAGUCCUCUGGGCCUCAGAAGUUAGCCCAGUUUUCUGAGCCACUAAAACAAUUCGAGCACUCUGCCUCCCACAAAUUGUCUCAGCCUUUAGAUCCCCCAAAACAGACUCAGUUCUCUGGCUCCCAGAAGCCUGCUCAGCUCUCUGACCCCCAGAAACAUACUCAGGGCUCUGGCUCUCAGAUGUUAGCCCCGACUUCUGACCUUUCAAAAGAGGCCCAGCACUCUGCCUCCCAGACGUCUGCUCAGGCCACUGACCCUCCAAAACAGGCUCCAUUCUUGGCCUCCCAGAAGUCUGCUCAGGCCACUGACCCUCCAAAACAGGCUCCAUUCUUGGCCUCCCAGAAGUCUGCUCAGGCCACUGACCCUCCAAAACAGGCUCCAUUCUUGGCCUCCCAGAAGUCUGCUCAGGCCACUGACCCUCCAAAACAGGCUCAAUUUUCUGGCUCCCAGAAGUCAACUCAGCCCUCUGUCCCCCCAAAACAGGUUCAAUUUCCUGGUGCCCAGAAACCAAUCCUGCUCUCUGACCCCCCAAAACAUGCUCAGUGCUUUGGCCCUCAGAAAUUAGCCCAGUCUUCUGAUCCAAAACAGGACCAACAGUCUACCCUCCAGAAAUUGGCUCAGCACUCUGAUUCCCCUCAACAAAUUCAGUUUCCUGCCCCCCAGAAGCCAGCUCAGCCAUCUACCCCCCCCAAACAGGCUCAAUUCUCUGGCUUCCAUAAACCAAACCAGCCCUCUGACUCCCUAAAAUAUGUUCAUUGCUCUGGCCCUCAGAAGUUAGCCCAAUCUUCUGAUCCCAAUCAAGAUCAGUAUUCUAUCCACCAGCACUCUGAUCCCCCGAAACAGGCUCAGAUUUCUCUCCCCCAGAAGCUGGCCCAGCCUUCUGACCCCCUAAAACAGACUCAGUUUCCUAGCCCUCAAAAGCUAGUCCAGCUUUCUGACCCCACAAAACAGGCUCAGUGCAUUAGCCCUCAGAAGUCAGGCCAUGCCUCAGGCCCCCAGAAAUCAGCACAGUCAUCUGACCCCCCAAAGCAAGCCCAGGGCUCUGGUUCCCAGAAGUUGGCUGUGACCAUUGGUACCCAGAUGCCAGCUUCCAAACAGGCUCAGAGCUCUGGACCCCAGAAGCCAGCCCAAAUGGUUAGCCCUUUGAAGUUGGCUCAAGGCCCCAGCCCUCAGCUACAGGUCCCUAGACAAGGCCCCUCUAGCCUGAGCCCCAGACCCCGGCCCAGUUCCCCUCACAACCCCUUGGCUCCCAUCCCCCAAACCCGAGGUCCUCCCUCUAAUCCUCCUUCAGGGCCCCCUAAGCCCCGUUCUGGGAUCCGGGGGGCCACUCCUACUCCUCAGGGGAGUGAGUCCCUUUCUGGUCAGGGUGGGCUGUCUCAAACCCCUCCCCAAAGUGGUUCUAUUCCUUUUACCCAGAGUGCCUGGGUCAAGUGGAGCCAUGGGGGCCAGAUAGAAACAGGGGGUUCAGUUUCCUCUAGCUCUGGUAUCUGCUGAGUCUUUGGCUCAGAGACCCAUAAGGGGAUCCAGAACUGAGGAAAGGGGGUGUCUCUGCCAGUUCCUUCUGCCUGUACUUUGAGGCAUGUGAACAUUAAAAGCAGUUCCUGCA